AAGAGAAGGCGGGAGAGGCAGCGAAAUCGGGGAAAUCAAUAUGUUGCAGACUGAAAAUCCUUUCAAUUUCUUCGAUUGGAAUGUCUCGCUCGGUGGAGGACCUGCAGGCGGAGGUGGCAACGCCGGCGACGACGACGAUUUCGGUGACUUCAAGUUCGUGCCGGCCGCCGCUGCCUGGAAUGAUCACCGCCAUGCAGACCCUGCUCCUCCUCCGCCGGCACCGUCAUCGUCAAAUUCGGACGACGAGUGGGGUGACUUCGUCGAUUGCUUCCCUUCCGAUUCCUUCCCUGCCGCCCCUCUUCCUUCCGAUCCUUUUCAGGGCCCUAGCUUCAUCGAUCCCUUGGGGCAUCGAACGGAUCAAUCAUCCCGCGACCCUAAACCCUCUUCGCCUGCGGGAGGCGUCUCCCCGAGGCCUAUCCCGCUCUCAAUUUUCGGCGAGGAUGAGCUGGAGCUGUCGGAAGAGGCCAGUCUGCAGGUUGUCGAACGAUCUGCCGCGGGAAAUGGGUUUUCUCCGUCUUACGUUUCGAAGGAGAAUCCGGUGUUGGCCUUCAACGACCUGAUUGCGAACUUGUACAGUCAGGCAGAGCAGAUGAAGCGGGUCGCCCCGGAGGCCAAUUUGCCCGGUAGGAUUUCGGAUGACGAAGGCGAUCCCGACGAUAAGGAUUGGGAGUUCAAGGAUGCGUUCUCGGAUAAUAGGCUGGAUAACUAUGAAACCGAGUCUGGUCUGGGCGGUGUCCAAAUCGAAGGCGGAUCUGCCUCUUCAACGGACGGAGAUGAGGAGUCCAACUUUAGGGAUUUCUUUGUUUUGUACUUCCGUUUGAAAGAAGUUGUCCGGAAAUACGUUCUUCAACACCUUGACACCCUUGAGAAAGAGAGAAGGGCUGCUGAUCCUUCUCAUGACCAAGCAAAAGCGAUGGCGCUCAACGAGGAGAUUCAGGCAGGCUAUGCAAUGCUGCACGAAGAAGAGAGGCACUUAUCAAAUGGAUCACUUGAGAAUCAUCCUCUCAGAAGUGCUGGCGAUGUAGAACUUGUAAGAGCAAUCAAUGACCCGAAGUUCCAACAUUUGGAGCUAGAGUACUGCCUGUCGGACAAAAUAUUGGCGGCAAAAGACUCUUUGAGUGCGGCAUUGGCACUAUUUAAGCAUACCACCUCAAUGCUAUGUAUCAUGACCUUGGCGACUGUCCACGAGCAAUUUGCUUAUGUAAGUGCAUGGUCUAAGAUCAUUUCAACAUGUAGCAAGGAACUGCAACAUGGUGCUUUCAUUUGGAGGAGAGCUCAGGAGAAUCAGGUGGAUAAAGCAAUCCUCGAUGAUAUCCGAGGCAUGAACUAUUUUCUCUCCCUUGGAGAAGUCUACAGAAUCUCAGAGGUGCUGAAGGUAACAUGUGAAUUAUACAGACCAUGGCUCCUGCUAAACAAGGGAAUCUCUAAAGACAUAAUCACCCUUAUCAAGGAAUGUUCCUCAUCGUGGAACAACUCUGGACUAAAAGAAGCUGUUACUAGAAUUUGUUGUCUCAGUUUUGAAGACGAAGAGAAGAAAAGACUGUUGUUGGAAUCCAUUGAAUCUCUUCCCCGUGUAGAUCUCAUUUCUGUUCAAAAUUCUGUGAUCAGACAGCCACAUCAUCUAUGUCAUCUUUCUUUGCUGCCAUUGAAUUGUUUACAUGGUAUGGAAUCGGUUUUAUGGAAUGGGCAGCAAUUCUUUCUGAAGCUGGCAAACUUGUGGGCAAAUCUGAUCUCACCUGAACGUCCGCAGUUGCCUCAAAUUCAUCUUGGCAAAUAAAUGUUGGUGACGUUAAGAUGUUAUUAGCAGCAGUGGCACAUGCCUAAUGGCCUGUCUGGAAUUGCAGUUCUUGAGAGUUAGGAAUGAUAUUUGAAAGGACAUAAAUCGCUCGCUCAAAGCAUUGAGCAGUUUAGCGGCAUUACUGGUGAGUCUGCUCAUCAUCAGCAUCAGCAGAAGCAUUUUGAACCAUACAACAGCGAGAAAGGCUGUGAUUGAUUCCACAUUCAUUAUUAUUCUUACACACUGGUAUUCGAAGUGAUUGGUAGAGGUUGUAUCAUUCUUUGUAAUAUUCUUUGUUGAAUCUGUUAUAUAUGUCUGAUCGUUCGGGACUAAUUAGCGACACAUAUUUCGACGGUUUGAAACACAUUGUCCUUUUGGUUCGUAAGCAGGACUUUUUUAAGGAAAAGAACAUUUUUUCUA